UCCAUCUCUGAUGGUGGGGCGUCCUUAAGAGGGAACCGCUGAAACGUGAGCUGUCUUCUUUACUCCCCUGAGCUGCUUUUUUAAAGAAAAAGGGUGCUGAUGGUGUGCUGAGGCUGCACUCCGUAAGAACCAGGGGAUCUCAGAAGGGACCUUUAUUUUGCAGCCCAUUUUGGUCUCCAGCAGCCCUUUUCUUCUUCGUCGUCCUCCUCACUGUCAUCACGAUGAGUCAAGGCUGAGACCCUCCUAAGAGAGCCAGACGCAGGGCGAGCCGGAGGAAAUACCUGCAGGAGAACUUGGGAGCCGUGACUGUGCCUCCUCCUUUCCUCCUCCCGCUGCCGGCGGGGCGAGUGAGCGAGCGAGCGAGGGAAAGAAGCAAGAGAGGGAGAGAGAGGUUGAUUCUGAGCCUGACAGCCGAGGAUGUGUCAGUCAAGCACCCUGCGGGGACCAGAGCUGCACUCGGGGAAAUGGUUGCAAUUUCCCCAGCUGGCCCUGAGGCGGAGGUUGGGCCAGCUGAGCUGUAUGUCUAAGCCUGCUCUGAAACUCCGUUCUUGGCCUCUGACUAUUCUCUAUUAUCUCCUGCCUUUCGGUGCUCUUAAACCCUUGACCAGAGUGAGAUGGAGGCCUGUGAGCAGGGUUUCUUUGUACAAGUCCGUGCCAACGCGCCUGCUCUCCCGUGCGUGGGGCCGCCUGAACAACGUGGAGCUCCCCACCUGGUUGCGAAAGCCCGUCCUCAGCCUCUAUAUCUGGACCUUCGGGGUGAACAUGAAGGAGGCGGCUGUGGAAGACCUCCAUCACUACAGGAACCUGAGCGAAUUUUUCCGACGGAAGCUGAAACCCCAGGCCCGGCCUGUCUGCGACCGGCACAGCGUGAUCAGUCCUUCAGACGGAAAGAUCCUCAGUUUUGGACAAGUGAAGAACUGUGAAGUGGAACAAGUAAAAGGCAUCACUUACUCUCUUGAGUCCUUCCUGGGUCCACAUGCCAAUCAUGAAAACUGCCAGAAAAAUCCAACUUCCUGCUGCGACUCCUUCCAAAAGCAGCUGGUCACAAAAGACACCAACGAGCUCUUUCACUGUGUGAUCUACCUGGCCCCUGGAGACUACCACUGCUUCCACUCCCCCACAGACUGGAAGGUCUCCCGCCGGCGUCACUUCCCAGGUGCCCUGAUGUCCGUGAACCCCGGCGUGGCUCGUUGGAUCAAAGAACUCUUCUGCCAUAAUGAACGGGUUGUCCUGUCAGGCUACUGGAAACACGGCUUCUUUUCCUUGACGGCAGUGGGAGCUCAGAACGUGGGAUCCAUCCGCAUUUACUUUGAUCAGAAGCUGCAGACCAACAACCCUCGGUACAGCAAAGGGUCAUUCAACGAUUUCAGCUUUGUGACCAGCAAGGACCACGAAGGCAUCCCUAUGAGGAAAGGAGAACAUUUAGGAGAGUUUAAUUUAGGUUCAACAAUUGUUCUGAUCUUCGAGGCACCCAAAGACUUUAAUUUUUACUUGAAGCCUGGCCAGAAAAUACGCUUUGGGGAGGCUUUAGGCUCCAUUUAAGGUCUUCGUGGUCGGAUGGGGAGGGGCUUUUCUGUGGACAGGGACUCGGUUCAUACAAGGAAGCCUUUCUCUGUGGCGGAGUAUUGCUCAGCAGGACCUGAGUGGAGAACCGAGUCCUUGGUCUUAACAUGGAGUGGGGGGAUGCCUGGGUAUCCCCAUCAUGAGAGUUGCAGAUUUAUCAGGGAUCAUGGCCUUUAAGAACAUGGACCGGGUGGCUUUUCUUCCCUCUGGGGCCUGGAAUGAUGGCAGUUUCUUCCUCUUGCUCAGCAGGCAGCCUGCCUUUGUGCAGCUCCUCAAAAUCUGCAUGGAGAUGCUGCAAGGUGUGCGGUCAAGAGGAGGAAGAAAAGCAGAAGAAAGCUCUCUUCUUUAAAGAGAUAGGAUCUGAUUUAUAGAAGCCUCACUAACCCUCAAAUUCAAGUUAGCUGUUUUACACCAAUUUUGCAGUCCAAUCCUAGAAAAGGUGGGGGUAAGCAGAAAAAAUGCACAUACUUGCAGCUUGAAAUCUGAUUAAAACCUGCUAAAAAUUUAGUUAUCUCCCUUUAAAGCAGAAGUCUGCACUGUAUGUGAGCCUCAAACACUGUCUGCAUUCAGCAUUUGACUUGAUCUUGCCUUUGAUUGGAGGAGCCCAGUUGACCUGUCGCUCUAGUGUACUCCAACUUCAAAAACUGUCUUGCUCUGCUGGGCCUUAACUUUUUCUCUGUUGCGUGGGGGAUACCAGAUCUCCUUUGUUCAGCCUGGCUUGUGAAAAUACACACUAGUCCCACUACAAGGGAGUAGAGUUUGCUCCUCUUCCCUGCGUGCAGCUACUAUGGUCAUCAUGCCCUGGGAAGGUGGACUCUGCCCAGGACUACUUAAAAACACCAUUAGGAACUUUAUAAUUCUCAUUUCUUCUCCUGUGUGUUAACUUUUUAAUUCUCUGCUGGAGCUAUUCAGGGACGAGGCUGAAGAGGAAUCUGAAUUAACCACAAUAAAUUCUCCACGUUACCCUAAAAUAUCAUUUUAUAUGCUUCAGGCUUUGGGUUAUGCCACACCCCCAAAAGCUGUCCUUUGUUUGCAGCCAGCAGUGUUAGGAGACAGCUAUGCUGUGGCUGAGCGAAGAGCAAGACUUGGUCAGAUGUAUGCACUGUCUGAGGCUGCAUGCCUAGGACAGGGGCCUUCUUUUGAGGCUGUGGGGGGUGAAGAGAAUUGUCCUUUGUGAUGGCCGUUCGCCUUCCCUCCCUCCCCACAAGAGAGGAGUGAAUUCCUUAGGCAAACAGCUCUUUAAUCCUGCAACAACAUCAUGCAGUCUGCUGCCAAGGGGCCCACGGGAGACAUCAUGAAAUGUACGGCUGACAGCCAGCCAUGCCUUGCUCCAUCAGUACAGAGGAAUUCCUUGCCUCCUCUUGGCUUGCAUUGCAGUACAACUCUGAGCCUUUGGUUUUCUUGUUACUCCAACUGUCCUGCUGUACAGGAGCCCCUAGCAGUUGGUCUCUGCAAGGAGGUUGUUCUGGGCCAGGUCCUGGGAAGCUUCCUGUGGGCUCCAGGGGUCACACGAACCCUAAACAAAUGGGAGUGGGUUUCUUGGUGACGCUGUGAAUUUCUCCAACAUGGAGAAUCCUUUUAUUUUUCAACUGUAUCAGUAGCACAGUAUUUUUGUAUGUCAAAAUGUACAACUUAAGACAUUAACUCAUUAAUGGCAAAUGUUUUAAAAUAAAAAUAAGAACUGACUGCUUUGACUUUUAAA